AUGCCUCAAUCACGUCUCUUCAAGUCCCUCAAAGUCGGCGAUAUAGAAGUUAAGCAUCGCAUCGGCAUGGCUCCUCUCACUCGACUCCGAGCCACUCACGACCGCGUACCAACCCCCUUGAUGAAAGAUUACUACGGUCAAAGAGCCACCGUGCCUGGCACCUUGAUCAUCGCCGAAGGAACCUUUAUAGCGGCAAACUGCGGUGGCUUUGUCCACGGGCCAGGUAUUUGGCGCGAGGACCAGGUUGCUGCUUGGAAAGACAUCACCGACGAGGUCCAUAGCAAGGGAUCCUUCAUUUACUCUCAACUUUUCGCCAUGGGUCGUGCUGGAGAUGCCGAGGUGGCCAAGAAGGAAGGGUUCGCUAUCAAGGCACCGAGUGCUAUCCCGAUAGAGCCAGGCGCUGCUGUACCAGAGGCCAUGACGAUUGAGGAGAUCAAACAAACGGUCAAGGACUUUGUCGAUGCUGCAAAGAAUGCCAUUCGUGCUGGAUUUGACGGAGUUGAGAUCCACGGUGCCAAUGGCUACCUCCUCGACCAGUUUAUCCAGGACACCGCCAAUCAACGAAACGACGAAUACGGCGGAAGCAUCGAGAACAGAUCCCGUCUUCUUAUCGAAGUAAUCGCGGCCGUUUCCGACGCCAUCGGCCCUGAACGUGUUGGUCUCCGUCUGAGCCCCUGGAGUACGUUCCAAGGCAUGAGGAUGCAGGAUCCAAUCCCUCAAUUCACCGACAUCAUCAAGAAGACCCGCCCGUAUGGCAUUGCCUAUCUCCACGUCGUGGAAUCUCGUAUAUCCGGUAGCGAGGACUCCAACGGGCAAGAAGGACUGGACUUUGCAUACAACAACUGGAACGGACCUCUCCUGGUUGCCGGCGGGUAUACACCAGAGGAGGCGCGGAAAUUAGUGGAUGAGAAAUAUCCGGAAAAGGACAUCGUUGUCAUCUUUGGUCGAUAUUUCCUGUCCAACCCCGACCUUGUAUAUAGGAUCAAGGAGGAUCUGGAGCUCAACCGCUACGACAGAAAGUCCUUUUAUGUUUACGGGUCACCAGUGGGCUACUCGGACUAUCCUUUCAGCAAGGAGUGGCUUGCAGUUGGACACUGA